AUGCAGAAUGCUCUGAACCUCAAUUUCGACCCUCUCCCCUCACAACGGCACCAUGGGCUCUUCGAAAUUUCAGCGACGAUUCGCCCUUCACCGUUACUUUUGUCCCGAACCCAGAUUCAUCUCCCAGUUAUUUGCGCAAGAAAGGCCAAGAGGGGAUCUGGGCAUCACAGGGUAGCCGAGACUCUGCCCAAAUUGGCCUUCUCAAUCGGUUCCAAGCUUAACUUGCUCCCCGAACCGCUGGGUCUGAUUCUGGCGGAACUCAGCACUUCUGGAGAUGGCGGCGGUAAAGGUGGGUCCGGGUCUUGGAUGGGUUUCGGCGGAGGCGGAGGAAGCGGAUGGGGAAGAAGGAGAGGGAGGAGAAGCUCGUUGGUUCUGUUAGGGUUGUUUCUGGUUUCCGGUGUCGCCAUUGUGUUGUUUUCCUCUGGCAAAGUAGAUAAAGAUCUGAUCAUUGGAGUUCUGACUUCGGCCCUAGUUUCUGCAAUUUUGGUAGAAGGGUUUGGUAGAGGCGCCAGGGAUUUGCUUCUAGGGUUCUGCAUCUUCGGCGUUGGAGUUACUUUGGGCUUGAGAAGAGACGAUUUGCAGAAACUGGCACAGAAGCAGGGAUUCACUGUCCCCUCAGUUUUGCAGCUUAACAAGGGAAGAAGAAUGAGAAGAAAACACAGUUCAAGACUUUGGUAA